AUGCUAGGAGCAUUCUUGUUGGUACUUGAAGUACUUGGCAAGUUUGGAACAUUGUUGAUGGUACUCGAAGUACUUAGAUUACCGUUGGUGACAGUUGUUCUUGGAGAACCACCAUUGGUUGUAUUGGUGCUGGUCGCACUUUGGUUUAAACUUGAACAACUACAAUUGAUUGCAUUGGUGCUGGUCGCACUUUGGGUAUCUCUUGGAGAACCACUAUUGGUUGCAUUGGUGCUGGUCGCACUUUGGAUAUCUCCGGCGCUGGACGCGCUUGGUGGAGUUUGUUAUGGACAUAAUGAUCAUAACAACAAAGUGAACAACAAUGAUGAUCAUUCACUUUUAAAUGUAUUACUUGAACACAAUAAAGCAUUUAAAAUCGAUAGUCAUCAUGAUAAACAACAUCAACAACCAAAACCACAACAAUAUCAAUUAAUCGUUAAUAAUGAACAAAUCAAUCAAAUUAAGAAUCAAAUUCAAUCAUCCAUAUUCAUAAUAUCAGUUAAAAACAAAUAUAUAUUUACAACUGAUAAAAAUAAUAAAAUAUCAAUCAUCAAUAUUACCUAUCGAAACAACAUUCAUUUCGAACAACAAGAUAUAGAUAUUAAAAUUAAUAAUUCAUUUACAGCAUACAACUCCCUAGUCAAAGCCGGUAACUUUAUCUAUAUAUUUGGUGGUGCAAAUAAGAAACACAAUGAAUUUCUAAAGUAUUCAAUCAACACCGAAACUGUAGCUACCAAUGAAAUGGAAGGGGUUGAUCCGUGCCAAUAUGUAUCAGCUUGCUAUGAUGGUAAAGAUCAUAUCUAUCUAUUCGAUGGAAACUAUAAACCAAAAACCGAUAUUUACAGAUACAACAUCGGUAAUUCAACAUUCGAAAGAUACGCAACCAUAGAAAUCAAUACAAACUACCAUCAACUUUCAUUCUUCUUCAAAGGUUAUAUCUAUACUUUCACUGGAGCCACAAGAAAGAUAUUCCGUUUUAAUAUAGAGAGGAAAACAACAAUUGAAUUAUCAAUCGACAUUCCUCAGUACACCUCAUCAAGAGCAGCAUGCACAGACGGCAAUGGCAAUAUAUACAUUCUAUCGGAUUUAGGGCUACAGCGAAUCAAUAUUGAAACCCAAGAAAUCAAAUUAAUUGAUAAGACUAAAAUCAAUUUUAAUAAUAAUCACAAUUUGAUUUAUCAUCAAUCGGAUAGCGGUCAAACUUAUAUUUAUUCAAUACAAGGAAAAGAUAGAAAUUUCAUAUACUCACUUGAAAACAACAAAUGGGAAUCUAUUCUCCAAAAUGACAAGUCUGACAGAAUAAAUUGUUCAAAUAUAUUUUAUUAA